AUGUCGGUCAAGGUGCAAUUUGAAAUUGGCCACACGUCAACGCUGCGCAGCAAGGUGCACAUGCGUCGGCACGACUUCACCCACGACUUUGAGAUCUACGUGCAGGGCGUCAACAAGGCGGACAUCAGUGCCUUCGUGGAGAAGGUGGUUUUUGAGCUGCACCCUUCGUUUCCCAACCCGAGAAGAGUGGUCAAGGAGCCGCCGUAUGCCAUUCAGGAAUCGGGCUACGCCGGUUUUCCACUGGCCGUGGAGAUCUACUUCCGCAACCGCGACGAACCCAAGCGCAUUGUAUACCCGUACGACCUGGUGAUAGUGACAACGGCAUCGCAUCAGCAGUCCGAGAUCAAGACGCACAUCUUCGAAGACCCGUCAGAGGAUUUUCGGGCGAUGAUGAUUCAGGGAGGCGGUUUUGCCACCUCCAUCGGCGCCUGCAAUCUUGACGCGACGAACUACGAGGAGCAGAUCAGCGUGCUGACGGAGCAGGUCCUCAACUUGAGUGACUGCAAAUGA